UGAUCAUUUAUUUCUGGAUUAAUUGGAUUCAUUAACAUUUUCAUCCUCCACAAAGUUAAGUCUACAUAGAGAUGGAGAGUUCUACAAGAUACCCACUCUUGACGGAUAAUGCUCAUGUUAAUGGUGAUGGGGAUGAUCGAGGCAUAGGAUUGAAGAUUUCUAGUCAUCAGCAUGAACAACCGGUUCAACUCGUAAAGGGAGGAUGGAAAUCAGCGAUUUAUAUCAUCGGUGUUGAAGUUGCAGAGAGAUUUGCAUUUUAUGGAACAUCAGGAAACCUCAUUACUUAUCUCAUUGAUGUACUGGGUCAGUCCACGGCCAAAGCUGCCCAGAACGUCAACAUUUGGUCAGGUGUAGCAACUCUGCUUCCAUUGUUAGGAGCUAUCAUUGCUGAUUCCUACUUAGGCCGGUUUAAUACAAUUAUCGUCUCUUCCUUCAUUUAUAUCAUGGGGCUAGUUAUGUUAACGCUUUCCGUAUCUACUUUGAUUCCACUAAAAUUUCAAUAUUGGGUGUUCUUCGUCUCCCUAUAUUUUGUUGCAAUAGGAGAGGGUGGACAUAAACCAUGUGUACAAACAUUUGGAGCGGAACAAUUCGAUGAUUGUAUUCCAGAGGAAAAGAAAGCAAAGAGUUCAUUCUUUAACUGGUGGUACUUUGGAUUAUGUAGUGGAUCUACAGCGGGUAUGCUAGUUGUAUUUUAUGUUCAAGAAAACGUAGGAUGGAUGAUCGGGUUUGGUCUUCCCGCAGUUGCAAUGGCAUUUGCACUGGUAAUUUUUUUGUUAGGUUCAGAAUUCUAUCGUAGUCAUGUUCCUAAAGGAAGCCCAUUAGUUCGGAUUAUGCAAGUGUUUGUUGCAGCUUACCGUAAACGCCAUCUGUGUGUCUCAAAGGAUGGGGUUCCAUUGUAUGAGGAAGAAAACCCAGAUGCUGCUGGUUUCUCAUCCAAUAGACAAAUCCUCGCUCACACUAAUCAACUCAAAUGUUUGGACAAAGCUACAAUCAUGGACAAGAUGGAUACAUCAUGUGACACGAAAAAUAAAUGGAGGCUUUGCUCUGUUACCCAAGUAGAAGAAGCAAAGCUCCUACUUCGUCUAGUCCCCAUUUGGUUGAGUUGCUUGUCUUUCGGCGUAGUUUUUGCACAAGGAAGCACAUUUUUCACUAAGCAAGGAAGUUCAAUGGACAGGACGAUUCUUCAUGACUUCCGCAUACCCUCAGCUUCACUUCAAGUGAUACCCGGUUUGGUAAUAAUCUCCACAGUCGUUAUAUAUGAUCGAAUUCUAGUUCCAAUAGCAAGAAACUGGACCGGAAUCCAAUCAGGAAUAACAAUGCUUCAAAGAAUUGGGAUCGGAAUAUCUUUUGCAGCACUUUCAAUGGUAACAGCAGCUUUAGUAGAGGCAAAACGAGUUGAAGUUGCUACACAAUAUGGUCUCGUUGAUCAACCCAAUGUAACAGUUCCUAUGAGUGUCUGUUGGUUACUGCCUCAAUAUGCAAUAUUAGGAGUUGCAGACGUGUUUGCCAUCGUUGGCUUACAAGAAUUCUUCUAUGAUCAAAUGCCUGAUGAGAUGAAAAGUAUGGGAGCUGCAGUUUAUCUGAGUAUUAUGGGUGUUGGGAGUUUUUUAAGCAGCUUUAUCAUCUCAAUUGUAAAAUUUGCGAGUUUAGAAAACGGAGAUGAAUGGUUGGGGAACAAUCUUAAUAGAGCUCACCUUGAUUAUUACUACUGGUUAUUAGCAGGUUUAUGUACUUUUGGGCUUGGUGUUUAUAUAGGUGUUUCUAGGUGUUACUUAUACAAGAGAACUGUUGCGGUUGCGGAUGUACUACUCUGAUUGUUUGGUACUUGCUAUGGAGCUCGAUGCAUCUUUACAAGGGAAGUAGACCCAGAUCAGGCGGAGGCUAUGGCAAUGUUUGAGGCGGUGCGAUGGGCAAAAAGAACGGGAUUUCAGAAGAUUCACUUAGAGGGAGAUUGCCAAAAUGUUGUCUUAGCAUUAAAUGGAAACAGAGGAGCGGUGAACUGGAUUCACAACAAUAUAAUAGAAGACAGUAUUUAUAUUUUAAAUGUUUUUGUCUCUUGGAAAUGUUCAUUUCUCCAAGAGAGGCUAAUAACACGGUUCAUGUAAUAACUAAACAUGCAGUAGACAGUAGUUAAUUUUUGUAUUGAUUCGAAUAUGGAGGAGGUUGUUUUAA